UCAUUAUGGAAGAGUAAACGCGUCUCCGCUAGGAAUAUUGCAAACAGUUAGAAAUAUUCCCUCUCCCUAUCGACAUGAUGUGCGACACCACGAACCGGAGUUUUCGGGCGCAGUUAGCCGCUGUCCUGGACAAACUAACGAAGACGGCUCUGGUGGAAAUAGGGAACCUGGCUGAUGAAUGCUCCUCUGUCCUUCACUCCGAGAUAUCCCUGCACAAAACGGAGAACGAGGCUCUGAAGAAGAGGUGCUACUUGCUGGAGGUCCAACUGAGAGCAGCCAGGGAGGCACAGACCUUUUCUUCCCAUGUCAACAGUGUCAGCCGCAGACAGCCUGCAGACCAGCAGCAUCUUGCUCCAGCCAUUGAUGGAGUUUAUGGAAAAGACUGGUGCAUGGAUCUGUGGAGAGAAGAAAAAGCCCCAAGUCAAAGAAAAGCAACAGUGGAGCCUGCUGCUAUGACAAGCAUGGGGCCCCUGGUAAUAGACUUAAUGGAGAGGGAACCUGAUCUGAUCUUCGUCAAAGAGGAGACGUAUGAUGAUCAUCCCAUUGGCCAGCAGAUGAGGCUCACAGAUAAUAGAAAAGUUGGUGGAUUUUUUGACGAGGACAGCAUUCUUCAUAGAUCUGUUGAUGAGCUGCAGCUUAACUCAGGGGAAUUAAGCAGCUACCCCAUGACAGCUGACAUUCAAACACAACAACGCCCACAGCCAACCAUUAUGGACAAGUUGAUAGAUGAUGCAACAAUGAGCAUAAUGGUUGACAACACAAGUUCUUCCUCAGCCACCGCAGAGUACUCAGACUUUUCAAACAAUAUCCUCAUGAAUGCCACCAAAGAACUUCCGCCCAAACCUGGGAGGCCAACCAAACAGUUUGAGUGCUUAUUCUGUGGGAAGAUCUUCAACUAUUUGAGCAGUUUGAAAGUCCACAUCCGGCGACACUCAGGUGAGAAGCCGUUCAGCUGCUCCGUUUGCGGGAAGCGGUUUGCUCAGAAAACGUACCUGAAACUGCACCAACGCGUGCACUCUGGGGAGAAGCCGUACAGCUGUCCAGACUGUGGCAAAAGUUUUUCCCAGAAAAGCUCUCUGAACAUACAUAUUCGAACACACACCGGCGAAAAACCUUACAGCUGUGUGGACUGUGGGAAAUGUUAUGCAUACAAGUAUGGUUUAAAUCACCACCAGUGUUUCAAUUAACCGAUCAAAUCACUUCUGCUAAAGCGCUCUCUGUCACGCUCAGUGGCUUAACGUUUCAACUUGAAAUUAAACUCAAAUGUAGAUGAAAGAUUAAUAUUAAAAAAAACUCCUAUCUAUAUCAAAUAAAGGCCUAUUUAAUAGCCUGUAUGGGAAAUUAUGCUGCUGAGAAAAUAGUAGUUUGUUUGAUGUAUUUUUAGAUUUAUUGCUAAGAGAAUUGCUGCAGAAUCCAAACAACAGAAGACUGUCGUUAGUGUGCAGUUAUUGUUAAAUAUGUUAUUCCUUUAACAAGGUUUUGAAUGUACACCCUAAAAUAAGAAAUAAUAUUUUUCUUAUUACUUGUUUUUGUGCGAUUUUUCGAGUACUUAACUACAACAACCCCCCCCCCCCCCCUCCCCGUUCCUCCCUUAUACCUACUCACACCAAAACAGUUAGAUUGUAUUAUAGCACUACAGGAAACGACUACAUUGUGAUUUGGGGUCAACUGUCCCUUUUUUAAAAGCCUAUUUCGCAUCAUGUUUGAUCCGUGUCAGAUAAAACAUAUUUGCUACUUACAUUUAAUGUGAGGUUCUUAUCCAAGCAAUGAGAGAAAAUGCUUCCAUUUUUUACUCUGCAUGUUGGUUAGAGUGACAUUAUACAUACCUCAGUUCAUGCCACACAAGGCCUGGGUCAAAUAAUGCCAAAUUCAUACUUUGGACAAUUGCUCCAUUGUUUGCACACAUGUAGCAUAAACCUUCAAAACUACCUCUUCACAAUAAUGUAGAAGUAAUACAACUCCCCAUUUGCUUCACUGACUCACCCUUGCUUUAUAUCACAUCAUGCUUCAUUUACUAGUAUUGACCUGACUGAAAUUGUCUCUCUUUUAAAAACACUACUUGUGAAAUGUUGAUGUGUGUUCGUUACAUAAUGUUCUUGAGUUCUGGCUCAAAUGGUGUUACUGUUUGAAAUAAAUGUAUUUGUUGGGCUGCAGUAUGUUUGCAGAAAGACAAAUGGUGUCAGUCGA